GUUGCAAAAAUGAUGAUCCAUGUAUUGUUUUUUGUCCUGCAUUUUUUGAGUACUCAUCUUUGUCUUAAAGUUGAAGGAACUCAAACUAUACUAAAGAAAGAUUUGGAGUUAGAGAGACAACUUCGGCUUAUUAAUAAGCCUCCUCUAAAAAGUAUCUAUACAAAGUUUGGAGAUAUUAUUGAUUGUAUUGACAUUUACAAACAACCAUCAUUGGAUCAUCCUUUAUUAAAGGACCAUAAGUUGCAGAGGAAACCUAAUUUUCAUAAUGUGAUUGGAGAAUCAAGUGAGAAAAAUUUAGGAAUUAAAUCCAUGUUUGAAUUGAGUAAAGAUGAAUGUCCGAAGGGAACUGUUCCUAUAUUCAGAACAACAAAAGAUGACCUGAUUCGAGAACAAUCAAUGUUAAAUGAUCAUAUAUUGAUUAAAGACCUACCUGGCGUUCAUCUAGCAGAAAUUUCUCUUAGACCAAGUUAUGCUCCUUUUUACGGAGUGGCAGGAAUAAAUAGUAUUUAUAAUCCACGAGUUGAUUCAAAGUUUCAAAUAUCUAUGACUCAUGUAUGGGUUGAAAAAGGAACAGUAGAAUCCAAUAAUAAAAUUUCAUUAGGAUGGCAUGUGGCUCCAGGAAUAUAUGGUGAUUAUGACUCUCAUUUUUACACCUCAUGGACGACAGAUAACUACAAUAAAACAGGAUGUUACAAUAUUCGAUGUCCAGGUUUUGUUCAAACGAGUAAAAAAAUUUAUCUUGGUCAACGCAUAACCAACACAUCUAUUUGUGGUGGACAAACUAUUGACAGUUUCCUUGCUAUUUCUCAGGAUACAAAGAGCAAAAAUUGGUGGAUAAUUAUAAACAACAAGUUCAUUGGAUAUUUUCCAGCAAAAUUAUUCUCGAACAUGAGCACAGCUGAUCAUGUAGGAUGGGGUGGAAGAACAAAAACUCGUCCUAGUACUGAUAGUCCUCAAAUGGGAUCUGGACAUCUUCCUAAUGAUACUGCUUGUUACUUUAGACAAAUGUGGUUUAAAGAUCCAUCUGCUGUAGCUCGUGGACCUAAAUCGAAUCAAGUGUAUCCUUUGGUUGACAAACCCACUUGUUAUGAUAUUAAAAACUAUGGAGAUAAAGGAGGUCACAAUGGCUACUAUUUUGAGUUUGGAGGACCUGGCGGUAGUUGUGGCGAUUAAUCUUCUUUCAAUUACAUAAAGUACAAGCGAUUUAAUAGAUUAUAUAAUACUUUAUAGUUUUUAUUGUCUUAUUA